UGAAUGGAAAGAAUGAUUUGCUCUCUUUCAAAAAGGUCAUUAAAAAAAUAAAUCAGUGAAAAAGAAAAGUUCUAGUUCUUAAUGAUUUUAUUGGUAAAGUGAGGCGAUGCAGACAGAAGCAGAACUCGAUCUUGGUCAGGAUAUUUUGGGCAAUAAUGAGGAUUUCCGGGAAUAUUGGUUGGAAUACCAGGAGAAUUGGCGACUGGAUUGUGGGCAUGAAUGUUACUUUUGUGAGAAGGAAUUCCCCACAGCCUUGUCCUGCUACUAUCAUGAGAGAUUCUGCAAAGAGGGCCCCACAGAGAGAUUCAGCUGCCCGAAAUGUGGGCUGAACUUCAAGUACAAAAUGGGUCUGCAGCACCAUGAAAAGCGUCAUGCUAAACCUGGUGGAUUCCUCUGCUUCCAGUGCAAUGCGCGAUUCACAUCAGCUACAGCCCGGCUUGAGCACAAAAAUUCCCAACAUCCGAUUUUUCAAUGCCAGAUUUGUCUGGCUGUGAACAGAACUUCAUCAGAGUACGUUGAACACAUUCUGAACAGUCACAGUUAUCCCAAGAAAAGACCGGCAAGGAAUUCACGAAGAAAUAAUCAUUCAGACGAUGCUCCUGUGACAAUUAAAUGUGAACCAUUGGAGAUUGAAUUCUUCGUUUCGGAUCUACAGCAAUUGCAGGCCAAUGAGAAGAGAAGCUUUGAAAGUGUCCUCGAGGUCAAAGAGGAAGAUUUGAAUGCGGAAAAUCAUCAAGAUACAGAUAAAACCCAGCAGGAAGAUGAUCAUCCUCCAUCGAGUCCUUUUCCAGACAUUGGCUUUGAUUCCAACUCUUCUGACGAUGAGAAAGAGAAUAAGACAAUUUUACAAGAUUCAAAGAAGAAUUCAAAGGAUUCAACGGAGAAUUCCAAGAGACAUCCCUGCCCUAAAUGCGAAAAAACAUACCAAAUAGAUGGAAGAAGAUUUGUCAGACACAUGAAAGAGGAGCAUUUAAUACACAGCGAUGAUGAGGAAUGGCCAGAAGUUCUUUCCGGAUUCAAAGGAAAAACCUAUUGCUGCGAAAUUUGCAACAAAUGCUACCUUUGUAAGACAGCAUUGGAGACUCACAUUAAUCUGCACGAUCCAAAAACAAAGCUUCAAGUUCAAAAGGAAAAGCCUAAAUUCACCUGCAGCCUGUGUACGAAGGAUUUUACAUCCAAAUUCAUAUUGAAGACUCACAUCAAGAAGAUUCAUCUGCAUGGGAAGCUCUUUGUAUAUUGCCCGAAAUGUGGAGCAAAAUUCAGGAAGAAGGAACGUCUGAAGCAGCAUGAGCAGGCCCAAUGCAAAAGGAAUUUGCGGUAUCAAUGUGAGAUUUGCAAGAAGUUCUUUCAAAUUCCGCGUACGCUGAAGUUGCACAUGAUGGUGCACACGGAUAAGCCAUAUCCUCCGUAUUUCUGCCCAUUUUGCAGCAAACCCUUCACGACUAAGCGCAACAGGAAGAUUCACUACCUGGGUGCGCAUAAAAAGUACAAUGAGAAGACUAAGAGCUGUCAUGUGUGCCAGAGGACGUUUGCUGGCAUAACAAAGGCAUACAUAAAGCAUAUGUUGAAUGAACAUGGGCUGGUGGUGGAGGAACGUCAAGAGGAGACUCCGUGUCAGUACUGCAAAGUGAGAUUCCCUUCGGAGAAGAGUCUGGAGGAGCACGUCAAAAGGCGACACAUAAUUGAUGGGAAAAUUCGGACUAAAUGCAAGUACUGCGGUGAUUUCUUUGAUGACUACAACACACUGAUGGAGCACAAAGAGACAGUACAUUGGGAUAAAUUCACCUGCAAGAUAUGCAAUAAAUUCCUCAAGGGUGAAGGUAAUCUCGCACAUCAUCUCAACAUCAAGCACCCCGAGCUUAAAUUGAGCAACAGAAGAAAACAUCUCUGUGGGAAAUGUGGCAAGAGUUUCAACAACAAGACAGCUCAUCGGGAUCAUGAGCAAUCAGACUGUGGACGAUCACCGCAACAUCAAUGCGAUAUUUGCAAGAAAUUCCUCUACAGCCGUGGUAGCCUGAAGACUCACAAGUACACGCAUAGCGUCGUCAAACCCUACCAAUGCUCAUACUGCAAAAAGUACUUCCUAACGCGUCAGAGUAUGCAGGAGCAUGAGACGACGCACACGGGUGAGAGACCCUUCAAAUGCCCCCAUUGCUCAAAGACAUUCGGUCACAAGAAAACACUCUCAACGCAUCUGCUCGUCCACACGGGAGAUAAGCCGUACAUGUGCUCAGGAUGUGGACAGAGAUUUGCCUGCUUGUCCAAUUUGAGGGUUCACCGGAAGAGUAGAUCAAAUUCAUGUGAUCUCAUUCCAAAUAACACCAAACCCGUGUACACGAAGGGGGCGAGGAAUCUUCUGAAUCUCACAUCUAAAGAACAGUAAAAAGUGAUAAAUAGAGAGGGAUAAAGGCAUUAAUUAAAAACUUUGAGCAAUGUAAAUGACUAAAGUAAAACGUUAUGAUAAAGCAAAUAUUUAUUCUGAAUGAAUUUUUGGGUAGUUUUAUUGGAAUUCUUCAUGUUUUAGUUCUCAUUUUAUGAUGAAAAAAAAAUUAAAAAAUUUGAUUUAGAAAGAAAAUAACUUUAUGAUGAAGAUUAGGAAGCAGAGGAAGGAUAAAUUAUUAAAGAAUUACUUUUUCUCACAAC